AUUCGUAUAGAAAAAGAAAGAAUUUUUUUUUUUGUAUUCUCCCUUCUUCAUCAUGUCUUCUACUAUUAACGUGAACAUAAAGUCUUCUAGCGACAAAAAGUUCGUCAUCACUAUUGAAACUGAAAAAACUGUCUUGGACUUAAAGACAGCUAUUGCUGAACAAACAGAAGUACCAGCCGAUAGACAACGUCUCAUCUAUUCAGGUCGUGUCUUAAAAGACCAUGAUACUUUGGCAGACUGUAAAAUAGCAGACGGUAACACGGUACAUAUGGUCAAAGGUUCUCAACCAGGUACAAAAGCAACAUCAACAACACCAUCAACAACACCAUCUACUACAAAUACCACUACCAAUACUACUACACCAACAAACGCUGCACCUAAUCCCUUUGCAGGCCUUGCAGGCAUGCCAACAGAUUCUCAAUCUAACCCUUUGAAUAUGUUUGGUUCAGGCUUUGGAGCAGGUGCUAUGGGUAACAGUUUUGGUGCUAUGGAUCCUACCAUGACAAACCAAAUGCUACAAAACCCCAUGUUUGCUCAAUACAUGUCCAAUGUACUCCAAAAUCCUGCUAUUCUGGACAGCAUCAUUCAGACCAAUCCUCAACUUGCUAAUAUGGGCCCUGAGAUUCGUACGAUGAUGCAAUCACCUGAAUUCAGACAAAUGCUAUCCAAUCCCGAUAUGAUUCGUCAAAUGGCUACCAUGGCUUCUGCUAUGCAAGGCAGUGGAUUUGGUGGUAUGCCAUCCAACACAACAGAUCAGCAACAGCAACAGAACCCUUUUGCUGGUUUUGGUAAUGUGCCUCCUAUUGAUCCUCAAUUACAACAACGUAUGGCUGCUUUAUUAGGUGGUAGUCAGACUACACCUACAGACACACGUCCACCUGAAGAACGUUUCCAGGUUCAAUUACAACAAUUGAAUGAAAUGGGCUUUUGGGAUGCAUCCAAGAACAUUCGCGCCUUAACUGCUACAGGCGGUAAUGUGAAUGCAGCCAUUGAAAUGCUUUUCAGUGGUAAUUUGUAAAUUCAGUAAUAAAUAAAUAAAUUCUUUUUUUGUUUAUUCAGG